AGCGACUAAUCUCCAUAUUCCUACUCUCAGCGAGUCCAUAGCAAGCAUGCAAUGCCUUGCUGCUCUGUCUGCACACUCCUCUGUACUGGCUUGGCUCUAUCUUCCCCACCUCUCUCUCACUGUCUCCACCAUUAUCAACUCUCCUAACCCUCAUUCAUCUGUUAAUUGAAGCAUCCACAAAGCCAUGAGCUCAGAACUCUCUCUCCUUUGUUAAGCUACCAAACCAAACUAAACCCAGCCCACUAAACCAACAACCAUCGAACCCUUUACUCCAUUUUUUUUUUUUUUUCAGUUUUCAAAGCAGACUGAAUUUUUUGGAGGAGUUCACGAAAUGGGUUGUGCUCAGUCUAAAGUGGACAAUGAAGAAUCGGUGGCCAGGUGUAAGGAGAGGAAAAUCCUCAUGAAGGAGGCUGUGGUUGCUCGAAAUGCCUUCGCUGCUGGUCAUUCUGGCUAUGCUAUUUCUCUUAAGAAUACGGGUGCUGCACUUAGUGAUUACGCUCAAGGUGAAGUCCAAGACUCCCAUUCCCACCUCCUCGAACCUCCCAUUGAACCCAUUUCUCAGCCGCCUCCUCCUCCCCCUCCUCCGCCCUCGAUGGACAGCUUGCCUCCUCCUCCUCCUCUGCCUAAUUUCUCUCCUAGUCCCAUACCCAUCAAGCGCGCGUUGAGCAUGCCUGCGAUCCCCAUGAUGCCGCACCUGAAGCCCGGGGAAAAAAUCGAUUCCAUGGCCAUUGCAGAGGAAGAUGAGGAUGAUGAUGAAUUGGAUCACGGAGCUCGAAAUGGGAUUGCUAAUGAUAAUAAGACUAAGAAUAAAGAUUUAAACGGGUCGCGGGGCCCACCAAAUGGGAAGGUGAGACCAGAGGAAACGCCGGACUCCUCACCAAGGACACUGGAAAAUCACGCCGUACCACCAAUGCCAGAGUCCAAGAAUAUGGCUUGGGAUUACUUCUUUAAGGUGGACGACAUGCCAGGGCCGUCUUUGGAACCUGAAGUUGACACCCAUAGAAAUGUCAAUACCUUUGGCAGUGUUGAAGAUUUGAGCGUUCGAUUUGGUGGUAUCGAGAAUCCCACUGGUGCUGAAGUUGAUGCAGUUGAGCCUAAGACGCCGGAGAAACCGGAGGAACACUUGGCUACUGUGGCGGAGGAGGAAGAGGAGGAGGAGGAUAAGGAGCCUAAGAAGGAGAGGCACAUUGAGCAUUCGAAAACAGCACCUCCUGAUUUUAGAGUGGUAGGGAAGAAAGUGGUUCAAGUUCCAACAGUGAAUUUAAUGCAGGUUUUGAGCGAGAUUGAUGAUCAUUUCUUAAAGGCAUCGGAGAGCGCACAGGAGGUUUCAAAGAUGCUCGAGGCUACUCGCUUGCAUUACCACUCGAAUUUUGCAGACAAUAGAGGAUAUGUUGAUCAUUCUGCCAGAGUUAUGCGUGUCAUCACAUGGAAUAGGUCAUUCAGGGGUGCUCCUAAUGGUGAAGGUGGCAAGGAUGAACUUGAUUCUGAAGAUUAUGAGACUCAUGCCACUGUGUUAGAUAAAUUAUUAGCGUGGGAAAAGAAGCUCUAUGAUGAAGUAAAGCAAGGUGAGCUUAUGAAGCUUGAGUAUCGGAAGAAGGUUGCUUUGCUAAAUAGACAGAAGAAGCGUGGUGCCAGUGCUGAAUCCUUGGAAAAAACAAAAGCAGCUGUAAGCCAUCUGCAUACAAGAUAUAUAGUUGAUAUGCAGUCCAUGGACUCUACUGUUUCAGAAGUCAAUGAUAUACGUGACAAGCAGUUGUAUCCAAAACUCGUUGAACUGGUUGAAGGGAUGGCCAAAAUGUGGAACAGUAUGUGCAUGCAUCACAACGGCCAGCUAAAGAUUGUAACAGACCUCAAGUCCCUUGAUGUCAGCCAUUCUGUGAAGGAAACCACCCGGCACCAUCACGAACGUACCAAGCAACUUUGUAAUGUCGUGCAAGGUUGGCAUUCACAAUUCGAAAAACUUGCCACUCAUCAGAAGCAAUAUGUUCAAACUCUCAAUAACUGGUUAAAGUUAAAUCUAAUCCCAAUUGAGAGCAGCUUGAAAGAGAAAAUAUCAUCUCCACCAAAAGUCCCAAAUCCCCCUAUCCAAGCCCUCCUACAUUCAUGGCAUGACUAUCUAGAAAAGCUUCCAGAUGAGGUGGCCAAAUCUGCUAUUUCAUCUUUUGCUGCUGUUAUAAAAACCAUAGAACUGCAUCAGGAAGAAGAGAUGAAGCUAAAGGAGAAGUGCGAGGAAACGAGGAAGGAGUUUCUUCGUAAGAAUCAGGCAUUUGAAGAAUGGUAUCAAAAGUACAUGCAGCGGAGAACGCCAACUGAUGAAGCAGAUGCUGAAAGAGGUGAAGAUGCAAAUUCUAAGGAUCCUAUAUCAGAGAGGCAAUUUGUGGUGGAGAGCUUGAAGAAGAGAUUGGAAGAAGAAGUUGAAGCUCACCAAAGACAUUGCAUUCAGGUGAGAGAGAAGUCACUUGGAAGUCUAAAGCUUCGUUUGCCGGAGCUAUUCCGUGCCAUGUCAGACUAUGCUCAUGCUUGCUCUGAUGCCUAUGAGAAAUUGAGAGCUCUCACUCAAUUGCAGAAUUCAAGUCAUGGCCCUCCACAGUGAUGUAAACUAUUUCCAGUUAGUAAAUUACUCUGUUUUAAGUUAAAGCCUAGUAGACUGUACCUUUACUUAUGAGACAGUAUGAAAUCUUUAUAUUUUGUGGGGAAAUUUUUGCUUUCAUAUUUCAAAC